GAGAGAGUGAGAUCUUAUUCCUGAGUAUUUCGCAACCAGAGUUUUCCGCUCCGCCGUGGCGCAUAUCUUGAAGGUGACGGAUGCCCUGCAACGAGUCAGGGCGAGUCCUGCAUGUGUGAUGACAUUAAAAAUGCAUAAAAGGGUACAAUUUACUUUGACAGCAAAGCAACUUGGGCUCUGCACAUGAGUACAACAAGGGCGCUCCCAAGUUUCUGAUGCCAACAAGUUUUUCACACCGAGCUUUCACCCGCAGUCAAUCGUCAUGUUGGAUAAAUUUGGACCGCAGAGCGCCGGUGUGCCCGUCUCCAGCGCGGACCUCCAGCUCAAACUGACGGACAACAAGAGCAGCCUGGCAGCAGCAGGGAUGGGGAUGGAGAACGGCAGCGGGAAGAAACUCAUAGAGAUAACUGGACCGGCUUUAUCUAAAAGAAAACUUCUGGUUGGCCUAGAUCUCCUCUGCCUCUUCCUUGCUUCCAUCCCUUUCUUUGCGUGUGAGCUGAAGGCAGUGAGUCCUUACAGAAGGGGCUUCAUGUGCGGUGACCCAAGCAUCACUUAUCCUUAUUUGCACCAUGAGGCCAUAUCAGACGAAUUACUCAUCACUGGUGGAAUUAUCAUCACCGGCCUUACUAUCGCCCUCGGGGAGUGUUACCGGGUUCGUUUUAGGAGAGUCAACUCCAAGGCCUUCGUCAGGAACCUGUAUGUUUCCUGUCUGUACAAAGAGCUGGGCUGCUUCCUAUUUGGCUGCUGUGUUGGCCAGUCACUGACCAACAUGGCCAAGCUGAGUGUUGGACGGCUGCGACCACACUUCCUGUCUGUGUGCGGUGUCACCUAUGCAUCGCUUAACUGCACACCUGGAACCUACGUAGCAACAGUGAUCUGUCGCCAGCUUGACCACCGGCUGGAGGAGGAGGCCAGGAAGUCCUUCUUCUCUGGGCAUGCUUCCUUUGCGAUGUACACAAUGCUCUAUUUAGCAUUUUACCUGCAGGCGCGGUUGACAUGGCGUGGGGCUCGGCUGCUUAGGCCGGUGCUGCAGUUCUUCCUGGUUCUUCUGGCGGUCUACACAGGUCUGACCCGCAUCUCAGACUACCGGCACCACCCGUCCGAUGUGCUGACAGGCUACAUACAGGGAGCCCUCACUGCUUACUGGGUGGCCUUCCACAUCUCGUCCAUGUUUAAAAGCUCGAGUUCAGAUCUGUCUCCAACUGAGACCCUGGAUAGUCCCUUGUCACCCCACCAUACUGUCUGCUAAACCUAACCUCCGCCAACUCCUGCGUGUACCCACACCCACCUGCUGCCUGUAGUCUGGUUUGGAUAGACAAGAGAUUUAAAGAAUGUGAGACUAUUUCCUGUGAAGUCAACCCACAUACCUCAGUAUUCAGACAGAGUAUGAGAGAAAGAGAGAGGAAAAGAAAGAGAAAGAAAGAGAGAGAAAGAGGUAGGAUAGAGCUUGUGAGAUACUGUAUGUGGCUCGAAAGAGAAAACAUUUGAAUUGACAGAAAAAAAAGAGGGAGGGUGCUAAAAACUACACUGGCUUCUCGGCUCGGAGCGUUGCCUAAGCAGCACUCGAAGAGCCGUCGAGCCAUUGUCCUUGUGACUGACCUUAGCUUCAUGUGAUACUUACCUGUGAGAUGAGACGACUGAAUCCUGAACACACAGAAACCACUACCACUCUGUAUGUCGCCUGUAAAUAUAUACAGAUUUUGUACAACUCGAACGAGACUGUAAAAGCACUUUUUGAUUUCAAUGUUAGUAUUAAUAAUAACCACUUUGUAAUGAUCUGGUGCGUAGGAUGUAAUAUAUUUUAUACAAACAUGUAAUAUAUCUUUUAGCUGUUUUUUUUUUGUUUUUGUUUUUUUUACAUAAACCCAGUGAAUGUAAUGGUGUUGAAAGAAAGCACAGAUAGCGAGAAAGCAACUCAUUUUCUUAAUGUGUUGAACAAUUUAGGUGUGUUAAGAUGUGUUUGUGUGUUUGUUGUAUAUGUAGUUUAUUAGUGAGAGAAGGACAGUGAGAAUGUUUACACCAUAGAUAUAUAAUCACUGUGCAAGAUGGAUAUGGAUGCUACUAGUUUUCUGACUUAAAAAACAGCUAAUAUAUGUUACUAGACUACAGUACUUACCGUCCAAGAGCACAGAUCAUUAAAGAAUAAUGUGAUUUUUUU